CUCCAGGCACCGUAGGUGUGAACCAACAGGCGGCAUCUCUUCGGAUUCAUUGGUGGUUUGCGGCUGAGCAUGGAAGUCUUCAAAAACGGGAUUUCUACAUCCUGUGAGUGACUGUCUUGUUCAGUCCUGAUCAAGAUAUUCCUGAUAACAUGUGAACAUGACACAUUGCCUGUGAUAAGGGUCUUUGGGAGGAAGGAGUACACUAGUGGUCUGUGGGAGGAACCGCUUCCUCUUAUCUUCCUUCGAUUGUGAAACAACCCUACUUCCGAACUGGAAGACAUGACUGGGACGAUGCACUAACUACAGUAUAUAACACAAAACAGUGCCUCUGUUCUGCCAAUCCUCUAUUCCUGGCGGGCUCCCCUAUGCUUCUGUCUGUGAUUGGAAAAAUCUAAGACAGACAGGUGUGGCCACGCAGGCUGAAGACCAGGAGGAUGGCAUACAGUGUGGACUUCAAUCUGAGCCCUAUAAUGGAGCAUGAAUUAGAGAGUCUUAGGGGUGAUGAUACGGCCCAGGACUCCAUGUGCCAGCUCAUCAGGGUGACUGCAGCAGGUCUGGAGAGUGGUAAUGGCAGUCCUGAAAACCUGGAAAUGGAAGGCAGAGAUCGGCUGGCCUACCAGAUGAGUGAUGUCAAAGAGCGGGCAGAUGAGAACAGGCUGCAGAGCAGUGAGGAGUCCAUGCAGACCAACCUUCUGGUCAGGAACCGCUGGUCUACCACCACCCUGAGGGUGCUGUCCUCCAUGCCCAGUCGCAGUGUCGGGCAGCAGAGUCGUCUUGAAAUCAUCUCCCAGUGCAACAUCCGUUCUACUCAGCUGCGCAGGUACCACCGCCAGACCCAAGACAUUUCCCUCUCCUCCAGACCUAGUAUCCGUGGCUAUGGGAUCGAGGCAGACUCUGAGGAUGUCUGUGAGGAAGAGACCAAGAGACAGGAGCUGGUCAACAAUCUUCAGAGUCUGUCGGCCGGUGACCGUGUGCGUAUGCUGCGUGCCAUGCCCCUCAGUCUGGCAGAGAAGACUCAACUCAGGAAACUUGCAUUCAGUGACAAAGUUGGACAGUCCCUCUUGAGCAGCCAGGUUCCCUGCAGUAGCCUCCUUAAGCGAGCUUUGUAUCACGUCUUGUUCAGCGGUCUCUUCAUCCUAAGUUCCCUGCAGUUGUGGAAGGUGGCUCUGAAGAGGCUGGGUGGCCGCUUCGGCACUGGUGUGCUCUCCUACUUCCUCUUCCUCAGGACUCUUCUGCUCUUCAACGUCUUCCUCUUCCUCAUCAACGGCCUGUUCCUGGUCCUCCCCCAGGCCAUCCACCCGCCCCUUCACACCCCCAGCUCCCACAGAGUCACAGGCCUGGAGCUGUUCACUGGCACGGGUUAUCUCUCGAACUCUCUAAUGUUUUAUGGCUACUACACCAACUCCACCAUCAACAUCAGUUGUAGACCUGAUGAAGCCACCACCGGGACUGUCUGCGGCACCACCAGUGACCCUCAGAUGAUGGCCUACAACAUUCCCUUAGCCUACUUGUUCACCAUCGGCAUAUCAUUCUUUAUCACCGGCAUCGUCCUCGUCUACAGCACGUCCAAGUCCUUUGGGAGGAGUUUCCGUGUGUUCAAGUCUCAGGGAAACUUGGCCAUAAAGGUCUUCUGCUCCUGGGAUUUCAAAGUCAGCAAGAAGACAUCUGUCAGGCUGCAGUCGGAAAACAUCAGCACCCAGCUCAAGGAGCUGUUCUCGGAGGUGAACUGCAGAGAGGAGGAGAAGGGCAGGCUGGCUGGGAUGGCGGUGCACCUGCUAGCAUGGAGCAUGUGUCUGGGGAGCACGUUCUGCUGUGUCCUCGGCAUCCACUGCUUUGCCAAGUACAUGCACCUGUAUGACCAGAGGAGACUUGAGGAUGCAAAGGGAGAGGUCAGUUUGGUGGAUGAGGCUCGUCUGCUGGCCCUGCCUGGGGUUGUGUCCUGUGGGAACCUGCUCCUCCCUGGUCUCUUCAACCUCGUGUCUUGGAUGGAGAACUACAACUCGCCCAUUAUACGUCUCUAUGUUGCCAUCUUCAGGAACUUACUGCUGAAGGUGAGCAUUCUUGGAGUACUGUGCUACCAUUGGCUGGGUAAAAUUGCAGCUGAACCAGAGCGACGUGGUCUGCAGUGCUGGGAGAGCUUUGUUGGUCAGGAGCUGUAUCGAUUCCUGCUCAUGGAUUUCAUAUUCACGGUUCUCUACACGGUCUUCGGAGAAUUUAUUUGGAAGCUGUUUUCUCAAGGAGUGCUGAGGAGAAGGAGGAAGCCAGUGUUUGAUAUCGCCCGUAACGUACUCGAGCUCAUCUAUGGACAAACCCUCACCUGGCUAGGCAUGCUCUUCACCCCUUUACUCCCAGCUGUGCAGAUCAUCAAGCUGUUGUUGUUGUUCCAUAUGAAAAAGGUAGGUAGGUUUUAGCUCAUCUCAGAGCUCCACCAAUGUGACCAUUACACAGUGAAGAUGGACCCCAUCUCAGAGCUCCACUAGUGUGACCAAUACCUGGUGAAGGUAGGCCCCAGCUCAGAGCUCCACUAGUGUGACCAGUACCUGGUGAAGGUAGGCCCCAGCUCAGAGCUCCACUAGUGUGACCAAUACCUGGUGAAGGUAGGCCCCAGCUCAGAGCUCCACUAGUGUGACCAGUACCUGGUGAAGGUAGGCCCCAGCUCAGAGCUCCACUAGUGUGACCAAUACCUGGUGAAGGUAGGCCCCAGCUCAGAGCUCCACUAGUGUGACCAAUACCUGGUGAAGGUAGGCCCCAGCUCAGAGCUCCACUAGUGUGACCAUUUCAGUGACAGUGGUACACUCAUCAAAUGAGGUCAAACAACCAUGUCUAAACCCUGCACUUAUCAUAACCAGAGGCCCAAAAAGUGUUGAAAAACUAUUAGGUAAGUAAAGGUCCGGUCCAGAAACGUAUGGUCCCCAACAUGCUCUGUUUGCUUGCCUGCCUUCUCUUGCCUUGCUCACUUCCGUGCGAGCCGCUUCCUUCAAUUGAAAAUUAAUAGAAUUCGUCAUUUUGUCGCCAGCUAUCGCCCUCCAUGGAAGCCUCAGCGGUGUUCGACUAAUCAGUCUCUCUUCUCUUGUUGCUGUUCUCCUCUCUCAGAGCAGUCUACUGGUGAACUGUCUUGUUGCUGUUCUCCUCCCUCAGAGCAGUCUACUGGUGAACUGUCUUGUUGCUGUUCUCCUCCCUCAGAGCAGUCUACUGGUGAACUGUCUUGUUGCUGUUCUCCCUCCCUCAGAGAAGUCUACUGGUGAACUGCCAGGUAUCCAGGAAGCCGUGGAGGGCCAGUCAGAUGAGCACACUCUUCAUCUCUCUGCUGUGUUUCCCCUCC